GAGCGCGGGGGGGAGGGGCGCAUAAAUGCUACGGGUGGGGGAGGGGCUGCCUCAGUGUCUGUCCCCCACUUUAAAGGACCCCGGAAAAGGGACAAACACGGAAGUGCCGGGCUCAGGCCGGGGCGGCUCUGUCUGGACCCGGAGCCAUAGCGGGGCUUUGCCCUCCCCCAGGAGAGAGAAGGGGCCGCCAGCCCCGGAGCCUGGAGGCAGCUGGGGGAGGGAAGCAGUCACAGGAUGGGGAAGGGGCUGGUCCUGCCCUUCCCCCCGGGGGACGUCCAGGGGAGAAGCAGCCCACGCGCUCACAGAGGAAGUCUCCCCCCUCGGGGCUGCCACCCCCCGAAGCACCCCAGGGUGGCCCCGCAGAGAGCCCGCAGCCAGAGGAAUGGCCCCCGGGACCCCGAGGCCCCCCUCCCAGGGGUUAAUAACCUUCAAGGAUGUGGCUGUGGACUUCACCCAGGAGGAGUGGUGCCUCUUGGACCAUUCUCAGAAGGAGCUGUACCUGGAGGUGAUGCUGGAGAAUGUGCAGAAUGUACUCUCUGUGGGGCUUCCAGUUCCUAGAGAAAAUUUAAUCUACUGUUUUCAACAAGGGAAAACACCAUGGCUGUUAGAGCAAAAGGGUCCAAGGAUGUCCUGCCCAGAGGCUGAGAACAAUUUUUAUGUGAAGGAGAUGUCUACAAAGCAAAGUUUUUUUGAGGAUGGAUCUGGCCCCCAAAGAUGCAUGAAUGAAAAUCCCUGGGACUUCAUUUUGAGAGAGAUCUGUGACUCUGAUAUCAUGGUUAAAAAACAUGCAAAGAAUGAAUAUGAAUUUGAGGAUACUGCAGAUAAAUUCAGCCAAUAUUCAGACCUAAAUCAGUAUGUGGAAUUGACCUCCGGAAAUGACUUUUGUCAGGAUAGCAAAUAUUGGAAAGCAAUUCCAGAAGGAGGACUUAUUCAGUCAACUGAGAAACCUCCUGACAUGCCCAUGAAUCAAGGUAACCUAGGUGGAAUGGCCUUUGGCUGGAUCUUAGACCUCUUUAGAUAUCAAAAACAUGAAAAUAUCGAGACAUUUUUUGCAAGUGAUAAAGGUGACAGGUCUUUCACUCAGAAUUCUGAGCUUAUAGAACAUCAGGGCAUCCACACUGGAGAGAAACCUUAUGAAUAUAAACACUUUGGAAAGACUUUUACCUGGAAGGGUGCUCUCAAUGCACAUCAGAGGAUCUACACUGGAGAGAAGCCUUUUAAAUGUAAACAAUGUGGAAAUACUUUUACCUGGAAGAGCGCUCUUAUUGCACAUCAGAGCAUUCACACUGGAGAGAAACAUUUUGAUUGUAAAUACUGUGGAAAGGCUUUCACACAUCGGGGCAAUUUUACUGCACAUCAGAGAAUCCAUACCGGAGAGAAACCUUAUGAAUGUAAACUCUGUGGAAAGGUUUUCACAUAUAGGUGCUCUCUCACUGGACAUCAGAGAGUCCACACUGGAGAGAAACCUUAUGAAUGUAAACUCUGUGGAAAGGUUUUCACAUAUAGGUGCUCUCUCACUGAACACCAGAGAGUCCACACUGGAGAGAAACCUUAUGAAUGUAAACUCUGUGGAAAGGUUUUCACAUAUAGGUGCUCUCUCAUUGCACAUGAGAGAGUCCAUACUGGAGAGAAACCUUAUGAAUGUAAACUCUGUGGAAAGGUUUUCACACAUAGGUACUCCCUCACUAUACAUCAGAGGAUCCACACUGGAGAGAAACCUUAUGAAUGUAAAGACUGUGGAAAGGUUUUUAUCUGGAAGGUCUCUCUCACUACACAUCACAGGAUCCACACUGGAGAGGAAGUUUAUGAAUGUAAACAGUGUGGAAAGGCUUUCACACAGAGGGACCAUCUUGUGGUACAUCAGAGAAUCCACACUGGAGAGAAGCCUUAUGAAUGUAAACAGUGUGGAAAGACUUUCACAGAGAAGUACUCUUUCAAUAAACAUCAGAGAAUCCACACUGGAGAAAAACCUUAUGAAUGUAAACAGUGUGGAAAGCCUUUUACCUGGAAGAGCUGUCUCACUGCACAUCAGAGGAUCCACACUGGAGAGGAAGUUUAUGAAUGUAAACGGUGUGGAAAGGCUUUCACAGCAAAGUGCUCUCUCAUUAAACAUCAGAAAAUCCAUGCUGGAGAGAAACCUUAUGAAUGUAAACAGUGUGGAAAGGCUUUCCAAAAAAUGGGUAAUCUUGCUGCACAUCAGAAAACUCACACUGGAGAGAAACCUUAUGAAUGUAAACAGUGUGGAAAGGCUUUCAGAAAUAGGAGCCAUCUUGCUGUACAUCAGAGGAUCCACACUGGAGAGAAACCUUUUGAAUGUAAACACUGUGGAAAGGCUUUUACAAAUAGGAGCUAUCUUGUUGAACAUCAGAGCAUUCACACUGGAGAGAAACCUUUUGAAUGUAAACAAUGUGGAAAGGCUUUCACACGGAGGGGCCAUCUUGCUACACAUCAGAGAAUCCACACUGGAGAGAAACCUUAUGAAUGUAAAAAGUGUGAAAAGGCUUUCACAAGAAGGGAUCACCUUACUACACAUCAGAGCAUCCACACUGGAGAGAAAGCUUUUGAAUGUAAACAAUGUGGAAAGGCUUUCACUCAGAGGGGCCAUCUUACUAGACAUCAGAGAAUCCACACUGGAGAGAAACCUUAUGAAUGUAAAGACUGUGGAAAGGCUUUCACACAAAGGGGAAAUCUUGCUGUACAUCAGAAUCUACACUGGAGAGAAACCUUGUAAACAGUAUGGAAAGGCUUUCACACAGAGGGCCCAUCUUGCUAAACAUCAGAGAAUCCAUACUGGAGAGAAACUUCAUAAAUAAUACUGUGAAAAGGUUUUUACAAUGAAUAAUUGAAAACCUGUUACCCUAAAAAAGAAAUAUACUUCCCGAGAGCCCAGACUUCCUGUCAUUAUAUACUUCCUGUAGACAAGAUAGAGUGGGUGUUGAGGUUGUGAGUGGGGAUUUUAAAAAUGGCUAACCAGCCAUGGACAUGUGGUUUUUAUUUUGUACCAUCUUUAUUCCUUUGUUUCUAAUGAUGAUUUAAUAAACCUCAUAAAACAUAUUUUCAUUAAGUAUAGUUUUAAAUUUUACAGUUUGUGAACAGAAGUGAUGAGAAAAAACUAUAAAGAUAGCCUCUAUAAUUUCUUUAAGCCACAUUUCUCCUGUCAAGAAUUUUUACCCACUCCACCCACCCACCCUCCUAAACUGUGAGAGAACUCAAACUUUUGAACUGCCCCUUUUUUCUUUUCCUGGUUGCUUUCCCUUCCCAUUGGCCAGGCUGUUUUUAGCCAGGGGACUUUUGGAGGAGAAGAGAUAAGUCUCUUCUGAUUCUGUGAGCUCCUGCUGCUAAAUUCCAGAGGCUUACUUCUACUCUUGCUCCUGCUGCUGCCUCCUGGGUUGUUCCAGCCAUCCACUCCUGACCUUCUCGGCUUAAAUCACUCACCUUGUCCUAGCCACUGGCUCCCCAGACAUUCUCCAGAUCUCUGACUCUGCUCUUGAAAUCGAUCUCUAACUGGACCCCGACCCCUACCUACCACUGUUGCUGAUUGCUGUCCCUGCUAGGAGUCAGAGCAGAUGGUAAAAAAACUGGGGUGUUCUUUCAUUAAGAAACAAUUAGCCUCCAUGUACAGGGGACCUGGGAAGGGGGAUGGGGAGAAGGAAGAGACUCUUCCAAACAGGAAUUUGAUUACAAUCAUGGCGUAUUAUAGGAAAGAGCAGUGCAUUAUGUAUUUCAAGCAGCUUCCAGCUUUAGGAUGGUUUUUCUUUCUACCGUGGAUCCUUUCAAUUCUCUUCCCUGAGAUUCAGGGGAGAAAUUAAUUCCCCUACAACCCUUUGCCAUUUGGGCCUGCCCGGUCUCUAAGAUUCAUCCAGUUUGAGAUAACUCAAACCCAUGUUCUCCUUCGAUAUGGGGACUCCCUCAGUUCUGAGAAAAGGAAUCUGAAUGGAUAGAGAGAGGAACUUUAAAGAGAAUGGAGGUAAAAAUUUUAAGCCUUUUCAUACUUCAUUGUUUUUAUGAAAGUCUCUAUUGUACUUUGCUAAUUUGUUUAUGAUUUAAUUUUGUUGUUUUAAGUUCAUAUAUUAAUAUGUUCAAUACUAUUCUGUUACAUUGAAUCAGUUUAAUCUACUGUUUUAACUAUUAGAUAUAUUCUGUUACCUUUCCCCUAUGACUACUGAAUAAAAUAUUGUAAAGUAUUGUAAAAGCCCAUAAACACCUUCCCCCCCCCCCAUUUUGCAUAUGUUAAUUGUCACAUAGAUGAUGGAUGGACUCGACCUGGCCAACAACAUUUAGAGAAUUUAAUAAGCUAAGACUUUAAUUGUAAUGUUAAGGGGUCUUCAAUUUUAGUUAACUAGAGGUUUCUGAAUGGAUGACAAAGUUUUCUAUUUAUAUUAUAAAGGAUGAAUUAAAGGCAGAGUACCAAAGAGAUGUUCCUACCAAGGUGUUUCUAUGAAGAAGGAAGCCGAAAAAAAGAGCUCCUGCAAAACUUUUCAGUUUAAUUUACUUCCACCAGAACAAUCUUUUUCUGGUUGAUGUUCUAGACCCAAAUAAGUUUUAUGAUGUUUAAAAAAUAUAUUUGCCAUGGUUGAAAUAUUUGCUAUGUCUGUAAAAAUUUUUACAAAUAUUCCUCAGUUCAGAGUUUUUUUUUGGUCAUACAGCAACUUAUAUUAAAUAUAAUACUGAGUUUGUUUACUAUUGUAAUUAAGUGGGCUAUUGUGAAUUUUGAGGGUUUUGGUACCUCUUUGAAUGUGCAUUAUCUACUGUAUUAUUUAUUUGGAUUUUAAAAAAUGUUUUUGAUUUCUCUUGCCAAUUGAUUUAUAUACUUCAUAACUCAGCCAUAAAUCCCUAAGUGAUCCCUGUAUUUUUCAGUCACUCUCUUAAGGAGUAUGUGUAUAAUUAUUAUUAUUUUAAAUUACAAAGCUUAAAUUCUUUUUUGAGAGCAAUUUUAGGUUAAGAAACAUGCUAUCUCUCAGAGUCCAGAAAAUGAAUUCUUUGGAGAAGGAACCCAUGAAGAUGCCUCCAUAGACGACAUGCUGCACCAGAAGAUCCAGAGUGAACUUUGGGAUUUGGUGAUUUGAAAUGUGUCGGGUUGAAUGCAUUUGUUUUGUAUAUAUACACUUAUGCCGAAGGGGAGUGCCCCCUAACUGGCUUUUUGUCAAUGGGCCUAGCAAUCAUUGGUUUUGUUCUCUUUUCCUCUAAUCCUCAAAUUAUUGUAAUUUCAAAGAUGGUAUGUUUACAAGACCCAUUGGAGAGACUAGUCUUCCUCAGCUCUCGGGGGAAUGUAUAAUUGAAAAUCUGUUACCCUAAAAAAAGGAAGUACAUAUUCCCAGAGCCCACUGACUUCCUGUCAUUAUAUACUUAAUGUAGACAGAGCAUAAAGUGAGUGGGUGUUGAGGCUUCUCCUUUUUUUGGCAUGAUGAACAAUUAGCAGGGAUGGUGGUGAUUGGGGAUUUAAAAAAUGGCUAACUAGGCAUGGGCACAUGUUUUUUGAAAUUUUGUAUCCUCUUUAUUCCUUGAUUUCUAAUGAUCAUUUAAUAAACCUCCUAAACUAUAGUAUUUUUAUUAUUUGAGAUAUAAUUUCAAUUUUUUUACAACAAGGAGGGACUCUUGCUAAACAUCAGAGAAUACAUACAUACUGGAGAUAAACCUUACUGUAUGGGAUAAAAUGGUACAUUAUUCUCCAGCAUACAUUAAUUAGUAUUAGUAAUCUUUGAUUGUCAACAUCCUAUAGAAAAUUAGUGAAAUGUAGGUACUCUCCAGAGGAGAAAUAGUAAUCACUUCUUAUGAAGAGUAGAGAAAUCCCCCUCAGAAAGCAGCGUUUUAUACACACACACACACACACACACACACACACACUCACAUGAAUAUACACCUUCAAUUCAUUCCUAAAUCAGUUCAAUAAUCAAAACCUAGGUCAUCUGAAAUCCACCAGUGAGACUUAUUGGAUACAAGGCCUGGAGUUAAAGGACAGAUUGUGUGAUAUUGAAAUCACUUUAAAAGACUUAUAUAUAUUAAGGUCACCAAAGAGUUCACUUAUGUUAAUUCAUAAAUGAAACACUCAAGGCAGCUGCCAAAUUUUUUUAUGGUUUUAAUUAAAAACAGGAGGAAGAAAGUAUUAGAGGGAGAGAGAGAGAGAAGGAUAAGGGAGAGAAGGAAAGAAGUUUAACUCAGACCCACUCUGGCUCAGGCUGAGCCAAAGUGGGCAUUAAGGCCUUGGAUAGCCAAGGCAAGGAAAGGGAUCAGUCCUUAUCACUCAUGUGACCAAUCUGAAGGAAAAUAGUUCACGGGGCUCCUCCAACUCCAAGCACCAGCCUCCAACUCCCUCUAGCCCAUCUCACAGGAAGUCCCAAGAACUCCAGAGGCUGUUCUCCACCUCACUUCCUGAGUCUCACAUGUGUCAAUGGUGGCUCUAGCUUGACCUAGGACCGCCCAGAGGUCUGUCCUUUUUUUGCAUAUGUCUGUUGAAGGCCAUAUUCUCAAAUAAUUAAAUCUUGAGUUUGCUGCAGCCCUUCCUAAUCUUGUUACACUGAGUAGGGUGGAUAUUGUAGUUUCCAAGACCUGAUUCUGUUGUUCCAAGUAUCUCUAUUGUUAUUGAUCAGGAAAUAGCUAAAUCCCAUCUUCUAAAGAAUGGUCUGAAUAGAGUGGAGUAGUUUUGAAAUUCACAAUUGCCCUACUCACAAGAUCCAAAGGCUGUGAACUUGUGGCCUAAUGCGCAGGGUCUAAUAGCGUCGAAGUGCAUGGUUUGGGGUAUAAUGUUACUGGGUAACCUUUUGGCUUUUAUCUUUCCACUCUGCUCUCCAUAAGGGGGAUCAUCAGCCUUGCUAGGCCCCAAGUACAACUGCAUCUGUAGUGUGAUCUUAGGUUCAUGAUCAGAGAUGGGAUAUGGUGCGUCACAGCUUUGUCCAACAGGGCCCAGAGCAUGGCUGGAAGAUGAGGGAAUCUUGGCUCCCUCCUACACGUCCUCCAGAUUUGAGCAUUUGUGGCCCUAUUGUGGGGCCAGGGGGUCUGGCAAAGCCUAGUUUGGUGAUGUAGGAUGAUGGUGACAAAGUGGUGACCCUGCCUUAUCCAGAGCACAGAUGACCAGGGCAUGUCCUUGGUUCUGUGAGAGGGGCAAUGGGCCACCUCAGUCUGAUGAUUAGGCCAUAGUGAUCCCACUGGGGAAAUUAUUGGACCAUAUCAGGCAAUCUAGCCAGAGGCUGAAGGAGCCCAGGUUGUGGUGGGGGGCCUGUGGCCAGCUUUGCAUGUUUGCCAUUGUUCUGGGUAGGGCUGAGCCACGGCUUGUGUCAUCCUGGGGUAUUAUGAUGUUAUCCCAAGAGGAUGUAACUAUGGCCCCAUGUUUGAUCCUGGAAAUUCUGAAGAGUCAGUGGCAAGAAGACUGUCCCAAUUUUGAACUGGAAGGAUAAUGGUCAGCCAUGACCUGGGGUAGUUGACAUGGUCUAGGCUUUAGGCACAAGGGCUGGGGCAGGGAUCACUUUCUGAGCUCUAAUGAAGCUGAGCCCUUGAACCCAUUGACUUGUAAACUGAACCCAGUGCCUUUACAUUGUGGGGGAUUUGGUCUAGGGGCUCAAGGCAGGAGUUAUAGGAUCUGAUGAGUCUCUGAAUGCCAUUCUGCAUAUUGAGCUUGUGGUCCCCAGGGUAGGGUGACCCCAGUCUCUGUCCUCUGUAGUCUUGGACUGGUUCAUGUAAUUGGAUGUAGCUUUUCCACCUUUAGAAUGAACCCUGUGGUCAUUCUAAGCCAGUAAUUAAAACUACUUAGCUCCACAGGAAACAAAUUUUUGAUGUUAGCCUUCCAGUACAUACAAGAAGGUCUCUUUUCGAGGGGGGGGGUGUUGGAGGGUGAGCCUUGAGGUGGGCACUCGGGAACCCUUAAGAAGCUAAAGGGACCCCUGUGGCCACCAGUGUUCCCUCACAGCUGUUAGGGUUCCCCCCAAUUGUCUCUGCCUCAGGAUUUUAAUGACCUUUGUCUUUUGUCCCUGUUCUCUUGUUUUCAUGGCUUCUUUGUGUGAAUUCCAUUCCUUCAAUCAUGCUCCUAUUUACUCUUCUUUCAUUUUUAACAUCUAUCUGACCAUGGCAACAGUAGAGAUAAAUAUCUGUGAGUCUGAUUUAAACAGAGAUUGAAAUGAUAGUUCCUUCAUAUGAUAGAAUUUGUAAUGUGAAUGAAACACCUGUUAGAGAGAUUAAGUCUGUAUCUUUGAGGAAAUGAAUAGAAAAAGGUAGGUUAAAGGUAAAGUCUUUGAAGCUUCUCCCCAUAUAAUGAUUUUACCUUUUUUGAUGCAGUGUGUUAUACCUACCCACAGAAGUCUCUUGUCUAGUAUUGUAAAGGAUGCCUUUAUGAUUGACAUUUAAUUGAAUAAAAUAUUUGAAUGAAUUAAAAGACAGAAAUUCUUCAACUUAA